ACGUCUUCUUUAUAAUCUGCUCAUCUAUCUUCUUCCCCUUUAUUUCCCUUUCUCUUCUCCUCUCUCCUCACUCUCUCUCUCUCUUCAGUUUCGGACAUGAUUUUCCAGUAAAUCAAUUAAGGAAGAACCUGCCUGCCUGAAUCUGGUCUGAAUCUGAAUCUGACAGAAGAUAUAGAUUUAUAUAUAUACAUUGAUCGUCGAUAUAAUGGGGGAUUCCGAUUCGAAUUCGAAUUCCGAUUUUAUUUCCGACGCGGUGGUGAGUUUGUUGACGGAGGGGUUGGAGACGGCGGCGCAGCUCAAAACGCAGCUGAAACCGCCGCCGGCGGUCUCGUCGGAGAUUUGCCAGGCGUUGCUGGACAAGAUACUCUCUUCCUACGACAACGCAUUGAAACAGCUCGCCUUCCUCGGACAAGGCAGAAAUUCCCAAUCACUGAUUAUCAAUCCUGACGACUGUCCUAAUUCGCCGCCGCUCAGCCACGAGAUCGGCCGCCGCCCGCCGCCCGCCGAUAACCAGAGGCCAAAGAAAAGAAAGACAUUACAGAAAUGGAAUAAACAGGUGAAGGUUGGGGGAAUUGAGAAGACAGGGUCAGGGUUAGGGUUAGAGUCCCAACUCCAAGAUGGGUACAGUUGGAGGAAGUACGGACAGAAGAACAUCUUGGGAUGUACUAAUCCCAGGGCAUAUUACCGAUGCACGCACCGGAACACGCAAGGGUGCCUAGCCACAAAACACGUACAACGCGGCGACGACGAUCCGUCGCUCUACGAGAUCUCUUACCAAGGCAAACACACCUGCGUCACCGUCCCAAAACACUCUAAGAACAACAACAACCUUAAUCAACCUCAACCUCAACCUCAACCUCCCCAAACAACAACAUUUAUAGUCAACAAUCCUAAUCCCAAUCCCGAUCAGCAGCAAUUAAUUGCCCAAUCCGAAUCCCCGUAUUCGUAUCCUUCGACGCAAACCGAGUCCGAGAGAAUGAGCUUCUUCCCAGACCCGUUCUUGCUGUCCCCGGCCACCUCCGACUCCAAUUACUUCUCCCUGUCCGAAUGCAAUGUCGACGAUUUCGGAUUGACGAUCCCGAACAGCAGCAGCAGCCUGCAGGAGGAUUCUUCAGAUGUUGCAGAGAUCAUUUCAAAUCCAAAUCCAAAUUCGAAUCUUUACCCAUUGGCUGCAGGGGAUGAUGAAUAUGAUCAUUGGGACUUCUCCAUCACUCCUAUCGACUUCGACUCCCAUUUCUUCGACGCCUUCGAUCAGCCCGAAUCGCUCGUCGUCUGAUUAAAUGAUCCAACAUAUACAUACAUAUAGAUAUAGAUAAAGAUAAAGAUUCCAAUCCCAAUUAAUCCCCCAGGCAAAUAUUAAUUAAGGCAACUCAACUCAAGUUAACAGUGAAUUGUAAUAAUAAUUUUCAGCUGUCUUUAUUACAAUGUUGUAAUAUAUAUUGGUGAGUGUCGUAGCCCUUUUCCUAGUCCUAGUCCUAGUCAUAGUCAUAGCCAUAGUUCUGCUUGGAAUUUGGGAUGCAGGCAUCUUUCUUUUUUUUUUUUUUUUUUUUAAUAUGACGUGCGACCAUAGCCGCUAUUCGAAAGUGCGUACUGAGUAACCUCCGGUCGAACCUAAUACCCUGCAAACCAGACAUCUUUCUUUGUGCUGUGUUGUGUUGGUGUAGUGAACAGCUAGCAAGCUAGCACUUGUAAGUAACUUAGUUGUAUUCUUUUGUGGGUUUAUGACAAAUUUUUACUAUUCAAUUUUA